AUGGGAUCACGACCGUGGCUCCCUAGGAGACACUACUUCGAAGUCAACGAUCAGUCCUGGUUUCCACAAACCCUGCGGGAGAAGGUCCAAGACUAUCUCACCCUCGGAUGGGUCAACAGACUCCCCGUCAUCCAGUCAAUUGCCCCUGCCACGCUCGUCGCCCAAGUGCUCUCGAACGUCCUCGGUCCUCGAGUCUCCGACUAUGUGUAUUUCGACUUUGCCUCCGGCGCGGGCGGCCCGACACCGUACAUCGAGAAACACCUGAACGAGCAGCUGCGCAGCCGGGGCACGGAGGAGGUCAAGUUCGUCCUGACCGACAUCAGCCCGCACGUGCAGGCGUGGGAGGCGAUCGCGAAGAAGAGCGAAAACGUCAGCUACGUCGAGCAGAGCGUCGACGCGACGAACGCUCCCGGUGCGGAAACACUCCUCCGGAACGUGCCUGGCGUCGAGGGCAAGAAGACCAUGAGGCUGUUCAGCCUGUCUUUCCACCACUUCGACGACGGUCUCGCGGCGAGGGUGCUGCAGAACGCGGUCGAGACGUCCGAUGGAUUCUGCAUCUUCGAACUGCAGUCACGACACUUUGCUUCGUUCGUCACCGUGAGCCUGCUGUGGCCGUUGGCCAUGCUCAUCGCGCCCGUCUAUUUCUGGCACUCUCCCUGGCACCUCUUCUUCACCUACCUCGUGCCCAUCGUGCCGUUCAUCUGGGUCUACGACGGGUACAUCUCGUGCCUGAGGACGAGGACGCCCGAGGAAGUCCAGCGUCUCUUGCGGAGCCGUGUGUCCGGCGAGGAACUGGCCCGCUGGAAAUUCCAAUACGGUCAAGUCUGUCACACGUGGCCGAUAGGUUGGCUGUAUUGGAUUAUCUGUUACAGAGAGUGA